UUUAUUUGUCCGUCUGAGAUGUGGUGCAACAGUAAUGGAAAUAAAGCAUUUAAAUCUAUUCUUUUGGCAUUAUAAACCAUAAAUUUACGGUAGAAAUGAUAAUUUUGCUAUAGAUUUCAAAUGAUAUAUUGUAAUUUAUAGAAGUCAAGCUUUUUGAGACUAUGGAAUGUCGAUUUUCAACCGCACUCUCAAAAAACUAGAAAUCCGGGAAUGAUGUUAAAAUCAAAACAUGGUGGAAAAUAGCCAAUGAGUCAUGGUUUGAAACAACUCCCCGUGAUUUAUUGAUCUACAAGAUAUUUCAUAUCAUUCUUAUUUUUCAAGCAAAAUGUCAGCAUUAAUAGAUGGUGCUACUUUAUCUGGCUUAUUGUUCAGUCAUAUGAACAGCUCUGGCUGUCAGUAUGGAUUUCUACUGGGGGAACGAGUAGAGCAAAUCGAGGAUCGAAUAAGUGACUCUCAGAUUCAUACUGCUGAUGUCAAUUCCUACACAUAUGUGUCUUCUUUUGUUCCCUGGCCAAGUCCGGAUUAUAUGUACAGUCGAACAGGGUGUUUGAAUGAAGAAACAAUUGCCAAACUUUUGCCUGAUAAGGAGCAGACUCUUGUUGGGUGGUACAGCUUCCGUCACCAAACCAGCCUUCGCCCUUCCUUGAGAGAGGCCACUCUUCACAGCAAUCUGUCAUCAUGCCAAAGUUUUCGAGGAGAGCCACAGGACUUCUAUUUUUUCUUGUGUACAUCAUUCAUAAAACCUCAGGGGUCAACUCACAUAUGUGAUCAUGGAUUUCUACAUUUUUUGAAUGGGUCCUUUGCAAAGGUUCCCAUGUCUGUUAUGAACUUGGGUGAUACAACGAGAACAGAGUAUCGUAAGAGGAGCAAUGCGACACUCUCUCAUUCGUCCACGAUUGGGAAUACGUUUCAGAGACACAGUAAAGAUUUUGUACAGCCCACGGGUGAAAUGGACCAAGUUGUAAAGGUGGACCGACUGGCCAAUUCUGUGAACAAAUCAUUAAUGUCCAUGUACACCAAAGUGUCACAGAGUGAGGCGGCACUUGGACUUCUGGAAGUUGAUGUACGCAACCUCCGUACUCGAGUAGAAAUGCUGGAGCAGGAGGAGAUGAGCCGUGUUUUUGAAGAAGAAGACAGUAGAAGAAAGGAAGCUGAAUUAAAGGCCCAGCGAGAGGAUGAGGAGUUGGAAGCGGAGGAGCAGAGCCAGCUGAACAAACUUAUGCUGGACCUUGGUCUCACUGAACCAGACCAGGCAGCUGGGUGGGGUCAAACGGCUUCAACCAGUUCCUCAGGUCAACAGCGGACUUUGGACUGCACUCCUGCACUUGAUUUAUCAUCUUAUGUUCAAAUUGACACUGGCAUCAAUGAAGACUCAAACAGUUCCCCAGAGAUUGUGUGUUGGUCUGAGCUGCCACCUAUUUGUACUGAGGUGAAAAGUUCUGGGGGUGCUGGAAAAGAGCCUGUCAUGAAAAGUGAAGUGCAACGAACUGCAAGCAAACCUACUGGGUCUGCCAAACCUUCUUCUGUGGUUGUGAACGAUCCAUUGGCCAGUCUUGGAGACAUUGGCAAGUUGAAAAAAGACUUGAAACUUUCAGAUUCAAAAGUGAAGAAUGGUAGAGAACAAGUUGGCAAACAAGCAUCUGCUCCUUCAAAAUCUGUGAGCAAUCUGAACCACACCAGCCCAGGACCUGCUCAGGUGUCAAAUAAUGUACAGAAUCCAAACGCUAAGGGUAUCAAACUGAAAGACAAAAUGACCGUGUCAAAACCAACUGGUGCCAGUCUUUCAAAUGGAAAUGCAGACUCAGAAGACAGUGACACCCAAAUGGAAAAUGUAAAUUCAAAUAACUCGCUGGAGAAUCCGGAUGUUCUUUUUGGUGUUGGAAAUGAGACAAUCCCUUCUUCAUCACCUUUAUACUAAGAUGGCCGUGUUUGUUUAGUGUUGACAGGGGGGAGCUGUGUUGUUGGGUUUUUUUAAUAGUAGACCUAUUGGUGAAAUGCUAUUCGAAGAGAUAUAAAGGCUUUGACUAGUUACAAAUAAACUGCUUUGGGCUUGCACUUCAUUAGUACUUUAUGGUGAUAGGUCGAGGAAGAAGCAAAGGGGUAAUUUUAUCAAGCGGGACACCAUAUGAGAGUAAAAAGUAUCCAAGACAAGGUUUUGUACUAUCAGUCGAUAUAUAUGUUUAAGCCUGGACCGAUGUGAAAGCCCUUUGUUUGUGUAUAGCAAAUGUACUGAAGCAUAAAUUUUGCUGUGAGUCUUGCCUUCUUGUAAAGGAGAAAGACACAGGGUUUUGUCAUAUUUUGAGGGAGUUACUGGAGCUGGCCAAGCAGAAAAUUAACCACCAAUGCCAGAAUAAUUUCAAUAGUAGUAGUAAAUGAGGGUUGAUUGUGAAUGAGAUUUAUAUUUGAUAUUUGCAAAAGGUGCCAUUGGUGUCCAGUGAUGCGCAUUAUUCAAUGUAUUUGCUUUAUUGCCAAUUGCCUAUACUUAAAUAACGAAUAAAUUUUGACAUGUAGUUUAAAAAUUGACUGAAUGUUUCAAAUGACAUUUUAAAUAACUAUUUUGACAAUUGAGUUCGUUUCAGUUGCCGGUACUUUUAUUACAAUGACAGGCAUUUUAGAUAUUUUGACUUGUUAUACAGCACAUGCUUUAUUCAUUUGUAUACAUUUUCAGGAUCAUGUGUGAUCUUUUCCUCUUAAAGAAAAUGUGUUUCUGUUGUGGUAUAGAUGCACCUAAAAAGCUUGUAUGUUUGGUAAGAACAGACUCAGGUGAUACAUUACAGGGUUUACUGACCAUAUGACCUUAGUUCAAUGCACUUAUCAAAUAAAGAAAUUUGGCACGAGCAUGAAUUUUAUUUCUGAUACAGCCGAAAAUAAAAGAAACAAGUGCCUACUUAACUUUCUCUUUGUUAUAAGAUGGUUGACAAGCCACAAAGCUUUGUUUGGUCUUAGAGAUCAAUUUUUAUACCUAACCUUUGACUUUACCAGUUAUCUGACUAUCACCUCAUGCCUCGUACCCCUUUAACCUGCACUGUACUAUAUAUGCAGUGUCAUGGGCAAUCAUUAUUUGACCGUAAACUCUAUGUGCAAUCUACAAGUAUUGAAAUACAGUCUGGCAUGCAUAUAGCGAACACGUAGGCCUACAUAUUGAUAUAUCCGUGUAUGGCGAACAGAUUCUCAGGUCCCAAAUUUUUUCUUAUUAUAUGUGUAUUGUCUUUGAAUUUCAAACACAUACAAAGUUAAAUUCGUACAUAAAUAAAGGGUUUUCUUUGUCCCUCUGAUGUCAUUAUGUGCGUGCUAGACUGUAAUUACAUAAGUUGUUUCUUGUGUACAAAUUGGUGGUUUUUUCUUUUAUUAGGAUGUGCUGGACCUUGCUAUUGUAAUGUGAUGUUUUUAUGAGUGAAAGAAAGAUUUUUACAUGCAAACUGACAUACUUUGACUGUGAUUUUAAUGGAGAACACAAACUUGUCUUUUGCUAGCCCAUGUGACAAAUGUUUAAUAAUUAUGUUGCUUGACUUUUUUUCUUGGUCUGAUGUUUCCUGCUCGCUUAAAGCUUUCUGAAGGUGUGUCCCAUCCAUCACCACUUUCUUAGCCAUAUUUCUACUAUCAUUUUGUCCUGUCCUUUCCACUGCUCUUCAUUUCUUAUUCUAUCCUGCCACUUUAUCACUUAAUUCUUAUGAUACUCCUCAUACAUCUGUUGAUGAAAGUCUAGACUUUAUUCAGCACUGUCUUUGUUGUCGUACAAGUUUUGCAGCCGUAGAGUAGCACAGAUUUGACAUUGGAAUUAAAGAGUCGAAUCUUGGUAUGCAA